AUGAGCAUUGUUCCCAACCAGAACUACCAAACCAACGUGUCUUCCCUUUCUGGCUCCCAACCGGCUUCGAAUGCCGCUCCUGCGCUACCAGACACUUUGAGAAGCCAAAACGGCGGUGCCGCGCCGCUGACGUCUCGUAUGAACGGCAAACACCCAUUGGAGGCCAAGCUACAAAACUGGGAUACCACACAACGUCAAAGAGACUUGCAACAGUACCGCCAGGUUUUCGGUCUCGCAGAACCCAUGAAACGCGAAAUGGAACUCGCCAUUGUCAGGAACUCCGAUUUCAACCCUUUGUCACUUGGUACGGAAAACGGAUUCUCUUCUCCAGCAAGCAUGCAUCGGGAUAUUCUGCUGAACCGUGAGGCCAGUGUGGACUGGGAGGAUGUCUACCCAGGCUCGAGCUCAAUGGGUAUCGGUGGUGUUUCGCUUGGCGCUGACGUCCAUGGCGCUAUCGAGAGAUCACUCAACAUAUAA